AUGGCGAAAAAGAAGAACAAGUCCAGCAAGGAGCCAGUGUGGCACCUGCAGCGGGAUGUCGAGAACUCGUUGCUCUGGAAGCAGCUGACGGCUCUCCACGAACAGCUGGCGCAGCGCGACAUGCAGCUGAGUCAGCUGAUGGCUCUCCACGACCAGCUUCUGCAGAGCAAUCGGCAGCUGACUUUGCAGCAGAACCAGAUCCUCUAUCUGCAAGCACAGUUGCUCCAUCGCUGCUUGCAGCGGGAUGCGGACGAUCAGGAGCCCCUGGAAGCCAAGGGCCGCGACGAUGAAUGGAUAUUCGUCGAUGAUGUGCCGCAGGAGACAGUGACAACGGAGGGUGCACCUCCGUAUUGUGGCACAUCACGGAGUGAGGAGUUUCUCCCGGACACCCCAAGCACCGCCAGUGGCAGCAGCGGCACUGGCUCUCCCGUGUCGGAGUCGGAGGCGUCCGUGGCCACGGCGAAGGCGCCUGCAACUCCCGCUGCGCUGUGGCUACGGCUGCCGGUUUGCCAAGACCAGCGCGGUGACCGCAGCUGCGACGUGCCCGAAGCCAGGCCAAGCCCUGGAAGCAUCCACGCGCCCCGCGCCGCGAGGGGCCAGGAAGCGGGAGAUGAGUCUCCUGCAGCGGAGGAGCCCAUUGUGCUGGAGAGUGUGCCUCCACCUCCGGCUGCGCUGUGGUCGUGGCCGCCGAGCUGCCAAGACCAGCGUGACCAGAGUUGCGAUGCGCCUGAAGCCAGGCCAAGCCCUGGCAGCAUCCGCAUGCCCCUCGGCGACGCGAGCGGGUACGAAGUGGGAGAUGAGCCUCCCGUGUCAGAGGAUGCCCACGACGAAGGGCGUCAGCAUGCUGGCGAUGGGCAGGUCGGGGAACAGCUGACAGCCGCGGCCGUGGCUGCGGCGCCCGUGCCGCAGCCGUCCGCUCCAGCAUCGGAGGUACUGCACACAUCCGAGGUUGGCGAUCUCAACGAUGCCGCAGCAGCUGCACAUGCCGAAGCGGCACCUUCCACCGCUGUGAUGGAGACAGUCAUCUCCCAGGCUUUGGGCCGGGAGGAUGCCGACAUUUCCACCCUGGAACUGUUGAUCACUGCGGCGGAGUCUGUGCCAAACCUCUUGCCGUACCUGAGCGUGCAGGAGCUACUGAACUGGCGCCUGCUUUCGCGAUGCACCAGCAACCACGAGGCCUUGAUAGCACACGUGGCCGAGAUGGGCAGCAUGCGCAGGCCAGAGACAAUGGUGACGUUUAUGCGGAAAGACUCCGAGAUCAGACGCAACCCGGAUACACCCCUCGCAGCAGCCUUUGCGGGGGAUGCUGCGCAGCAGAAACUCUACCAGUGUUGGCGGUGGUGCGCGGCCCUGGCAUACGAAAGGGAAAGCAAAACUACUUUCCCCGAAAGCCACGUUCACCGGAUCGUCGUCCGAAACUUGAGGUGCUUGCUGCUGCACAGUAGGAGCGAGGAUGAGGACAUCGCUGAUCGGGCAGGCAUUGCGCUUUCGGGAUGCGCUGAGGAGGGGCUGCCUUUUGUACGAUCAUACCUUGCAGAGGCAACUCUGGCCCGGCUGCCAGAAAUAAUCCGAUCGUCGACCCAUGCACUCGAGAGAAAGUGGUGCAUACAUCGGCUGGUGAGGUCCUUGGAGACGCUGAGUGUGCAGCAGUGCCAGCAAUUCCUGGCCCUUCUCGUACGAAUUCUGCGGGAGAAUCCUUACGCCGCCAGAUUUUGGGUACUUUGGGGCUUACAGAACCUCUGGGAGAAGCUCUGGCAGGUUGAUGACGAUCCCAGGAGAACCUACGAAAGAGAGUACCGCCUGCUUCGGAGUAUGGCGAGGACCGAAGAUCCAGAGCUCCAAACGGGGCUGCGGUUUCUGGAGGCUACCCCAAAUCCCCCCGCGAGUGAGUGGCCCUGGUGGGACAAGGACCGGCGGAAGCGAAGGUGGCUCCGACAACAGUGGAGAGGUUGA